AAGCCAGGCCCGUCUGCUUAGGCGGCGUGGCUCCCUCUCCAGCCCCAGAAACUGGAGACUUUGCGGGAUCCGGGGGUCCUUUUUUGGGGAUUUCUCUGCAGGCCGCUUUCUUACACGUCUACAGAAUUUCUGUGGGUGGGCUGGGAGGGAGCAUCAUCCCGGCCUCCCUCCUCGGCAGGCGCCUCCCCUCCUCCUCCUCUUUCACUGGGCUGCUUCCACGGCACCGCUCGAAAACGGCAGCUCUCUUUUUUUCCCCCCUCCAGAAAAAGCGACAUGAGCUUGCUGUGCCUCGUCUGGACCCUGAGCCUUUUAGGGGUCCGCGGCCUGGGAGACCCGGGUCCCCUGGAGGACGUGGUGAUUGACAGGUACUACAUCCCCAAAGUGUGCUUGCGAGAAGUCCAGAUGGGAGACUUCGUCCGGUACCACUACAACGGGACCUUCCAGGACGGCUCCAAGUUCGACUCCAGCUAUGACCGAGGCGCCACCGUGGCAGGAGUGGCAGGCGUGGGACGGCUCAUCACUGGCAUGGACAGAGGCCUGCAGGGCAUGUGCGUGAACGAAAGGAGACAUCUCAUCGUGCCCCCUCAUCUCGGCUACGGCAGCAUCGGCGUCGCUGGCCUGAUUCCCCCAGACACCACCCUCUAUUUCGACGUCAUCAUGCUCGACAUUUGGAACAAGGACGACAAGCUGCAGAUCACAACCGUGUACAAGCCAGAGCUUUGCAACCGUACCGUGGAGAACUCAGACUUUGUGCGUUACCACUACAACGGCACCCUCCUGGACGGCACCCCUUUCGACUCCAGCUAUGGAAAAGACAGCACUUACGACACAUACGUGGGUUCGGGCUGGCUGAUCAAAGGCAUGGACCAGGGCCUCCUCGGCAUGUGUGCGGGAGAGAAGCGGAGAAUAGUCAUCCCCCCAUUCCUGGCUUAUGGAGAGAAGGGCUACGGGACUGUCAUCCCUCCUCAAGCCUCCUUGGUUUUUGAUGUCUUUCUGGUGGACCUACACAACCCCAAAGAUGGCAUUUUCCUGGAACAUCUGGAAGUGCCCGAGUCGUGCAAGCGCAAGGCUGUGACCGGGGAUUUCGUGCGCUACCAUUAUAAUGGCACCCUGAUGGACGGGACCCUCUUUGAUUCCAGUUACUCAAGGAAUCACACUUACAACACCUACAUCGGAAAAGGCUACGUCAUCCCAGGGAUGGACCAGGGGCUGCAGGGGGUCUGCAUCGGUGAAAAGAGAAGGAUCAUCAUCCCUCCUCAUCUGGCAUACGGAGAAACUGGGGCAGGGGACAAGAUCCCCGGUUCAGCCGUCCUCAUCUUUGAUGUCCACGUCAUCGAUUUCCACAACCCCGUGGACUCUGUGGCGAUCGAAACAGUCUACCGGCCGACGGACUGUAACGUCACCUCUCAGAACCGAGACUUCGUCCGCUAUCACUACAACUGCUCUCUCCUGGACGGCACCCGGCUCUUCUCCUCCCAUGACUACAAACACCCUCAAGAAACCACGCUGGGUACCAACAAGAUAAUCGAAGGCCUCAACAAUGGUCUCCUCGAUAUGUGCUUGGGAGAGAAACGGAUCGUCAUCGUCCCUCCACAUAUGGGACACGGUGAAAGCGGUGCUCGAGGUGUACCCGGCAGUGCUGUUCUCCGCUUUGAGAUAGAACUUCUGCACCUGGAGGGAGGCGUUCCAGAAGGGUACCUGUUCAUCUGGCAUGGCGAGCCACCUGCGAACUUGUUUGAAGCCAUGGAUCUCAACAAGGAUGGUGAAGUCCCACCUGAAGAGUUCUCAACGUUCAUCCAGUCCCAGAGGGCAGAGGGCAAAGGUCGUCUCAUGCCAGGUUCUGAGCCAGAAAAAGUGAUCACCGACAUGUUUGAAAACCAAGACAGGAACAAGGACGGAAAAAUCACAGCAGACGAACUGAAGCUGAAGUCGGAUGAGGACGACGCUCCAGCCCAUGAAGAACUUUAAAGGAGAAAACUUUGGGAAGGGGGGGGGGGGUUCCGGCUUUUUUACAAUUUUUUAAAGCACUCCAGUUUCCCUGCCUUUUGUGGCCAGAGUGUUCCCAUGAGAGAAGGGGGCACGUUUUGUACAUCGACAUUGUUUUUGAGAACUAUUUAAUUGAGAUCUAGUUUGAGCAGACCAAAGCCGGGGGGGGGGGGUUUACUUGGCCUUGGGAGAUUUCUUGAUCCAGUUCCCAAAUCCCCCACCCCUGUCCAGUCAAAUCCUCAAGCACAUGUCUACAUCAGAUUGUCCUCAGCAUAAUUGUGAUGUCAGUUCAUUUGUUUGUUCUGUCAGAUCCAGAAGUUGUGUCUGGGGGUGCUGUGUGUACUCCUGACCCAGUCGAUGAAGCCAGAUUCUACUGUGGGGCCAUCCAGACUGGGCGAUUGGAACCAGAUGGGCCAUUUCAGUACGCUUUGCUUAUUCUGCUUCCAGAUUAGCAAAGCCCCGAAGGUGUUGUGUGUGCGGGCAAAGGACACGAGGAAGGGGAGGAGCCAAAUACGGCUGGCAUCCUGCUCCCUCGUUUCUCUUAUCCAGGCAUGAUACUGUGCCCCUAAAGACCAGCAUCCCGUGAAAAAUAAAAUGAAAACAAAUACAGCCUUUUCCUAAUUACUGAAUCUCUACAAUGGGGAGUCUGCAUCUCUUGAGUUUUUGCUUCUCGGGCAGUCGUAAAAAGGCCCGAGAGCAGGGCUAUUUUGGGGCAGGAACGCACAGGAACGGAGUUCCGGC